CCAAAGGCUGCUGAGAUGUGGAGCCAGUGCAUCACCUCGCAGCUGGACGAGCUCCUGUGUCCUCCCACCACGCCAGAGGGUCGGAACGACGAGAAAGCCCUGCUCGAGCAGCUCGUCUCCUUCCUCAGCGGCAAAGACGAGACGGAGCUGGCUGAGCUGGAUCGAGCUCUGGGGAUCGACAAACUGGUUCAGGGUGGCGGGCUGGAAGCCCUGACGGAGCGGUUCCAGCCCCAACAAGCCACCCCACCGCUUAUGAUGGAGCAGAAACCCGGCAUGUACCCCCAGCCUUACUCCUCCGCCUCUCCCACCACCAACCUCCCCGGCGCCUUCCCCGGCAUGGUCCGGCAGAAGCCGUCCUUCGGCCCCAUGCCCGUGCAGGUCCCACCGCCCCGCGGCGCCUUCCCCACCAACAUGGCCAUGCAACCCCGGCAGACGCUCAACAGACCCCCGACGGCCCCCAACCAGCUGCGACUUCAGCUGCAGCAGCGGCUGCAGGGCCAGCAGCAGCUGAUCCAUCAAAACCGGCAGGCCAUCCUCAACCAGUUCGCAGCCAAUUCCCCAGUGGGCAUCAACAUGCGGGCAGGGAUGCAGCAGCAGAUCACACCGCAGCCUCCCCUCAACGCCCAGAUGCUGGCCCAGCGUCAGCGCGAGCUCUACAGCCAGCAGCACCGGCAGCGGCAGCUCAUGCAGCAGCGAGCCAUCCUGAUGAGACAGCAGAGCUUCGGGAACAACCUCCCCCCCUCCGCCGGGCUCCCGGUACAGAUCGGAGCCGCUCGUUUGCCCCAAGCACCCCCCCAGCAGUUCCCUUACCCCCCAAACUACGGUACAACCCCGGGAAACCCUCCCACCUCCACCAGCCCCUUCUCGCCGUUGGCAUCCAACCCCGAGGCCGCGCUGGCUAACCGCAGCAGCAUGGUGAACAGGGGGAUGAUGGGCGGCGUCGGAGGGCAGUUCGGCGCCGGGAUGACCCCGCAGAUGCAGCAGAACAUCUUUCAGUAUUCGGGAUCAGGCAUGGGUCAGCAAAGCGAACCCGCCUUUGCUCCGUCGCUCAGCCCCAGCAGCCCCUUGAUGUCACCCCAGCUCCCGCCUUCACAAAGCCCCAUGCUGCAGCCGGCACCGCCGACACCGGGCUACCAGUCGCCCGACAUGAAGACCUGGCAGCAAGGAGCCAUGGGGAACAGCAACGUAUUCAGCCAAGCAGGGCAGAGCCAGCCAGCGCCUGCUCAGCAGGGCAUGUACAACAACAUGAGCAUCACCGUCUCCAUGGCGGGAGGAAACACCAACGUCCAGAACAUGAACCCCAUGGCCGGUCAGAUGCAGAUGAACUCGCUUCAGAUGCCCGGGAUGAACUCCAUGUGCUCGGAGCAGGUAAAUGACCCGGCGCUGAGACCCACGGGCCUUUACUGCAACCAGCUUUCCUCCACUGACCUUUUGAAAACAGAAGCAGAUGGGGCGCAGGUCAGUAAGAAACUGCUAAGCACAUCUCAGGUACCCCGAGGAGUUUGACGGGUUCCCCCCACCCCACCCCAAUAAAGGCUGAACCUCCCCGACCGUACCGGCUCGGCACGCUUGGUUUCCACCGGGGCCGGCCCCGGUUGGCAGGGUCGGGUUGAAGCCACCACGGUCCCGCCAGCGUUGGGUGACAGCCAGCCCUCGGGGACACCGGCACCGCUCGCAAACCCUCAUCGCAUCAAAGCUCGCGCCGCCGCCGCUGCCGUGAGCGUUUUCGGCCUCCUCCGCUGGUGUGGAAGAGCGGUGACACCGCGGCCGAGCUGGAAAAAUAAAGGAGUGUUGGUGUAAAAACGCCCCUCGCCCCGGCUCCGGGCUGACAGCGAGCGGGAGGGUUUCUUUCCUAGGCUCGGCCAGCAGCGGAGCGGCCGAGGGCAGCCAGGCCGCCACGUUAAAGCGCGGCGGAGCGAGGAAAUUUGGAUGGGGGGCCGCGUCUGUCCCUGCAGGCAGCGCUGCCGGACGCUGCCCGUCCCUCUGAGCACCACCAAAGCGUGUCCAACCACCCACCGAUGCCUCCCGGGGAGCAGCCGCUUCAUCCCCCACCUCAACCAACAACCCGCCAGCGGCGCCUCCCCCUUCCCCUUUCGCAGAGCCCGUAGGGACGCGCCGAGAUGCACCAAAAACUCUUGAAAUUUUGAUCAAAACAGCCGCGCUGGACCUCGCUCAUCA